AUGAGGAAACCAGGACCGGGGUGCAGGCAAGAGCAGGACGAGACCGGGGCAGGCUGGUCCGGCGUAGUCCAGAGAGUGGAGUCCAAGACCGAAGGUAAGCAGCAAGCCGGAGACCAAGAGGAGACAGAAAAGAGAAAUGAUUUUCCACUGAGUCGAGUGUGGAGGGUCUCAUCUGACUGUGUGAAGAAGAAGAAGAAGACGUCUGCAGUGAGAGAAUGUGUCUAUGAUUCAUCCUCCUCUUCCUCUUCCUCUGGUCUGGAGGUGAAAUGUUCAGACUCGGUGCGUCUGGUCUCGGGGCCCAGUCUGUGCUCAGGAUCAGUGCAGAUCCUGGACCAGUCCUGGACCUGGGUCUGUGAAGGGGCCUUGGACCAGCAGGGGGCAGAGGUGCUGUGCAGGGAGCUGGGCUGUGGGGCUCCUUCUCUCCUCCAGGGGGCGCUCUCUCCUCUGAAGCAGAAGUUCCAGUGUGAGGGCCAUGAGUCUGCUCUGAUGGACUGUCCCCGCUCCGGCUCAGAGACCUGCUCCUCUGGAGCCGCUGUCAACCUCACCUGCUCAGGUCCUCCCUCUUCUCCCUCUGUGUGGAUGCUGUGGCUAGUGCGCCCUCUGCUGGUGUCCAGUCCGUACGCCGUGUGCACUGUGCUGCUGGUGCUGAUCUACAGGGAGCAGCGUCGCACAGGAAGUGCACAUGUCGUUUCCAUGGAGACGGGCCAGCAGGAGGAGGAGUAUGAUGACAUCGGCGCUGAGGUCACCACCGAGCACAGCUUCUGAGCCAAUCACAGCUCUGCUUUCAUCUUUAAAUGAGUCUGACAUUUCAGUUAAAACAAAAAAAUAUAUAUGUGAAUAAAAUAUAGUGUUAAGAUUCACUUUAUUUGUAAUGAUUUAAAUGUCCUGCAUCUGCUUGUUUCCACAUAUUUUAAUAAAAUGUGACUUAUGAGCCGCUCUUGAGUUCUGUCUAUAUCUAAUUAUAAUCAGGAAGUGCAUUGUUAGCAUGCUAACUCGCCUGCUCUCAAGUAACUAAAUAAAAAUCCCUCCUGUUUGAAACUCAGUUGUGUUUCUCUAAAAGGAC